UCGGCUUUCAACUGAGUAAAUAGUAUUCCUUCACGAAAAUAUUUUCGUGAGAACUGCGGCACAAUUAUUUUUGUUCGUUCAGCGCUGGGUCGAUCCGGCAUCUUGAUUUUGUUUCCUCUCAUAUUUUUUGUUUUUCCCUUUGUUCUCUCUUUCGCAUCCCGGGUGGUCCAUUGCAUCGCUGCCUGGCAUUUAUUUUCUAAGUAUUUGCUUCCGCGGUGAGAAGUGAUUUUUGUUUUCUUUCAAAUUUUUAUUUAAUUUAAUAUCGAGUGCACGUACGUUAGAAUUUGAAUAAAAAUGAUUUGUGAAAAUCGCUAAGUUCUUUCGGUUUAUGUUAUUUGUUUUAUAAAAGCGCUUGUAGGGGAGCUAUAAGUUUGAGGAUAUACUACCUGGUAUAACUCAAGAAAGUUGCCAUAAUCCAAAGUCAAAACAAUAGUGCUGUGCUAUGGACAGGUGGAGUAAAACGCAAUAUGUUUGCUUCUUGUUACUUUGCGUUUAUACUCAAGUGCAUAAAACGCUGGGAGAUGUACCAUCACGGAGCGGCAACACAGUCGGUACGACAUUCACAACCACCACUGUGACUAUACAAACCGAUUUGGAGCCCAUAAAUGGCACUAUAAAUUAUCGAAUUAAUGGUAAGAAGAAUCGUGACAAUAAGCCUUGGUUUGACGGGCGUGGCCUGGAUAUGCAACACACACAAUGCGUGCGUCAUGGUCGUUGCGAAAAACUCGUAAAUAGCACUUGUUUGGGUGCUAAAAUUCCAUAUACCUUAACAAGCUUAGAUCUCACUGACUACCAAAAUCAAGAUCAAAUGUUAAAACAUUUGAGUAGCUAUCGUGCGCUGAGGAAUGUUCCGAAAUGUUGGGCCGUUAUACAGCCUUUUCUCUGCUCCGUUUUUAUGCCAAAGUGCGAACAAAUCAAUGGCAAAGACAUGGUGUAUCUUCCCUCCGUGGAGAUGUGUCGAAAAACCUGGGAACCAUGUCGCAUACUCUACAACACAUCAUAUUUUCCUGAAUUCCUACGUUGUAACGAGACCCUAUUUCCACCGAAGUGCACCAACGAUGUACAGGAAAUGAAAUUUAAUGCAACAGGUAGCUGUCUGCCACCUCUAGUGCCAGCCGACUCCAGCAGCAGCUACUAUCCCGGCAUUGAAGGUUGCGGUGUGCAAUGUAAAGAUCCCCUAUAUACCGAUGAUGAGCAUCGACAAAUACACAAAUUGAUCAGCUGGCUCGGCACACUUUGUUUUUUAGCAAAUUUUUUUGUAGUAGCCACAUUUAUCAUUGACUGGGAGAAUGCUAAUAAGUACCCCGCUUUGAUAGUGUUCUACAUAAAUUUGUGUUUCAUGAUCUCAUGCCUGGGUUGGCUGGCACAAUUUACACCCGGUUCACGUGAGGACAUCGUCUGUCGUAAAGAUGGCACCCUACGACAUUCAGAACCAACUGCCGGUGAAAAUCUUUCAUGCAUUGUCGUAUUUGUGCUUGUCUACUACUUUCUCGUGGCAGCGAUGGUUUGGUUUGUGUUCCUCACCUACACCUGGCACCUGCGUGCGGUGGGCAACGUGCAGGAUCGCAUUGAUAAGAAAGGGUCCUAUUUUCAUUUGGUUGCGUGGUCACUACCGCUUGUGCUUACCAUUACCACAAUGGCGCUGAGUGAAGUUGACGGCAACAGCACGGUUGGUAUUUGCUUUGUUGGCUAUCUAAAUCAUCCCAUGCGCGCAGGUUUGUUACUGGGCCCUUUGUGUGGCGUUAUAUUGGUUGGUGGCUACUUUGUGACACGCGGAAUGAUAAUGCUAUUUGGGCUGAAACAUUUUGCCAACGAUAUUAAGUCUACAUCGGCAAGCAAUAAGAUACAUCUGAUUAUUGUACGAAUGGGUGUGUGUUCGAUAUUUACUCUCAUUUUCAUCUUCGCUGCCAUUGCGUGUCAUGUAAACGAGUUCAAGCAUUCGCAUGAAUGGGCUGAGAGUCUCAGAAGGUUCAUAAUUUGUCGCAUUUCAACCGAGGAGAAGUGUAGAAUUGAAAAUCGUCCUAGCAUUGCGCUGUUGCAGCUGCAUUUGAUCUGCCUCUUUGGCUCGGGCAUUGUCAUGUCUACCUGGUGCUGGACACCUUCGUCGCUUGACACAUGGCGUCGUUAUAUAAGGAAAAAAUGCGGUAAGGAAGUGGCGGAAGAAAUCAAAAUGCCAAAACACAAAGUGAUCGCACAAACUUGGGCCAAACGCAAAGAGUUCGAGGAUAAAGGCCGUCUCUCCAUAACACUCUACAACACGCACACAGACCCUGUAGGUUUGAAUUUUGAUGUAAAUGAUUUGAACUCAUCUGAAACAAAUGAAAUCAGCUCGACAUGGGCGAAUUACUUGCCACAAUUUGUGAAACGCCGGAUGGCGCUCACCGGUGCGGGCACCACCAACUCUACCAGCCAAGGACCGCGAAAAAACUCCGUGGACUCGGAGAUAAGUUUUAGCGUACGUCACGUGUCCGUCGAAUCCAGACGCAAUUCUGUAGACUCUCAGGUUUCUGUGAAAAUUGCCGAAAUGAAAACUAAAGUUGCCUCGCGCACACGUAAUGGCCAUCAUCACCAUCACCAUCACAGCAGCAAACAUGCAACUGCCAAUAAACGUUCGCAUAAACGUCGCGACUUCAUAUCGGCAGCUACAACUGGGCGCAAGUAUAGUGGGCGCCGCGAAAGCAGCACUUCUAUAGAGUCACAAGUCAUUGCUUUAAAGAAGACCACAUAUCCAAAUGUCAGUCACAAGGUCGGUUUGUUUGCACAGCAAAGUACAAAGAAACAUCAUACACAUGGCGGCAAAAUGAUGAAGCGGCGCAGCGCCAAUGCGGGUUUGGACCCCGCCGAUAUCAAUGAAUUUCUAGCCAAAAACGGUCAGUUACUCAUGCCUUUCCUACAGCAGCAAUGCUUGAGCAGCUCAUCCGAUGAGGAGAAUUCGCGCGCUUCAUUCAAAGUACAGAAUUCCCGCUUAGAUGUACUACUCAAGCAAGAUCUCAGUGACGAUUCUAACUAUAAUGAGGAAAACGAUGCGGUUCAUGCACAUGCAGGUCCACGUAUCGAAGAAAUAAACUCCGAUGCAAACGAGCGCAGUGUUAAAAAACAAAUCGCACUGGAGAAUCUAUUAAAAAAUAUGCAAAAGUCUAAUGAAUCAGCCGGUAACCGCAACUCACGCAACUCCACACGCAGUCGUCAUUCACGUAAAUCACAGGCAGCCAGCACAGCCGCCGCUGCAACAUCCUCGGCAGCCGCCGCACUUGCUAACAGCAACAGUCGUCGUUCGCAGCGCAGCAACAGAAGCCGAAAGCACAGUUCAAUGCGCUCCAAUGUGAACGCGACUGCUGCGCUACACAACAAAAACAACAACGAGGAGGAUCUCUUGAAUAUAUCCGACUUGAAUUUACAUUUAGCGCGUGAUCUCAAUGCUGAAAACGGUGAUUCCAUGACCUCUUCAUGUACUUCCUCCGAACUCGACUUGCCGCUGGGUUUGACAUUGCACAGCUCCUACUCGGGGCUCUCCACCGGCAAGCCACACUCGCGUAACAGCAAAACGAGCUGUGAUGUGGGCAUACAAGCGAACGCCUUCGAAAUUGCAACGCACAAUUUAACUACCUAUGACGAGGAUGAGCUAAAGUUGGCAAUGCGACAAUUGAAUGCCAAGAGCGCGCGUCAGAAAAAUGAUUAUGCUGACGAGGCGAUCGACGCCACCGAAAUGCACACGUUGCUGCGCAACAAUAACAACAAGCACAAGGAGACAACACUAUUAAGCGAAUCGGAAAAACUGAAAUUGUUGUUGCUGCCUUCGAAGUAAACAAAAAUAACAGGUUCUGAAGGAGCUAAAAUAAUAAUUAAUAAACGCGCAUAAGGUCAUUGUCACCGCAAGUGGCAAGUGCUGCAGCGUAUAAUGUAUAACAAAGUGUUAUUAGUGCUAAGUAUACAAGUUUAUAUUUAAUGUUAAUGCACUUGAGCCUUUUUCACUGACUGUGGAAAAGGUUAAAUUGCGAGUAAUCAAAUUUGUUUAAUUGUGGUUCGCAAAGUUUUAUGUAAUUAAGACAACCUUUCAAGCUAUUAUAUUUUUAUAGCACGGUGUUUUUCUUAAAUUACCGUUAGUGCACUUUGUUUUGCAUGCUUUCUAUAUUUUGUUAUAUAGCGUACAUGCUAACUGAAAAAUACUCAUUUCGAACUCGAAAUAACGAAUAACAACGCAUUUAUAUGUAUUUAUGGAUUUUUAUUAUAUACUCAUAUACUGUAAAACCUCUGUACUGACUUCAGUUGACUUAAAAAUAUAUUUAUUGCAUCUUUUUUUUGUAACAUAG